AUGGACGGCUCAGACAGCCGCCUAUUCCGCUUCUCGAAGCCAGAAUGGCUUAACAACUCAACCGUGCGUAACUCAGGCGUCUACGCAGCAGGCGCAUUGUUCUCCCUGGGGUUCUUUUUCUUGAUCGACGCCGCCGCGUUCUCGCACAGCUACCGCAACGACUCGGACGUUCACGUCAAGUUCGUCGACUGGAUCCCCGGCAUUUGCUCUGCUCUGGGCAUGCUUGUCAUCAACUCGAUAGAGAAGUCGCGGCUGCAAGCCGAUAGCUUCAGUUACAGUGGAAACGGUGUCGCGUGGAAGGCGCGGUUCGUGCUCUUCCUGGGAUUCGCAUUGCUUGCUGGGGGCCUGGCGGGGAGUGUGACGGUUAUGGUCCUGAAGUACCUCCUCAAAGACUACGAGUUGUCGAUAUUAUACUUUGGGAUCGCGAACGUUAUUUCCAAUGGGCUGAUUAUGCUUAGUUCAAUUGUUCUUUGGGUUUCUCAGAACAUUGAAGAUGACUACACAUACAACCUUGCGCUGUAA